AGAGCAGGAUUAACAGAAGAUAUAUGGAAAUUGAAAGAAAUGCCUAGAGAUGAAAUAUGUUGGAGAAACAACCUAGCUUGUUUAACAAUAUUAAAGACAAGAGAACUAAGUAUAAAUAUAAGAACAGAAAGUGACUUAUGGUUAACAUUUGGAUGUGGUAUCAGAAUACAAGAGUUCUUAGAAACACGUCUGUGGAAAAGAAGCAGAACUAAGAUAAGUGAAGCAGGCCUAAUAUAUUUAAACCAGCUGCUCAACAUGAAAGAAGAAAGACUAAUCACAUGGCAGCAGCUCAAGAACUACCAAAAUCAAUCAAGCAGAGGAAAAAAAGCAGAAUGGUUUAAAGUGAUAGAAUUAAAGAUGCUCGAAAGACCAGAAAAUAGGAAAAUUAAAAGUCAGUUUAAGACAGAUGGACAUAACACCCAGGCAAUAAGAAUAAAGUGGAAUCAAGUAUCAGAAGAUAAGAGGAAAAAAGAAUGA